CGUUCAAAAAGCGGAAUCUUGUUGAGUGCGUCCGUGAAAUUUCGGACCAAUUAAAAGGACGGACCGGUAUGUGCUCCCCGAGUUAAUUCUCCCCUAAAACAACACACGUGGAAGGAGUUAACUGCAUAACAGCAGAAAAUGCCGAAAGCAUCGAAAGCGAAAAGCGCCGUGGAGAAGAAAGUGAUCCAUCCUUAUAGCAGGAAAGCGGCAUGUCUGGCCAGAGCAGCUCUUAGACAGGACAGGAAAGAAAAACACAAAGGGGAAAAGGCCCAGCGUUUAAAUUUAAUCAGAGAUAAACUUUUGUGGUUCCAGAGUGAACUGGACUCGGAAAAGUCUGAAUAUUCCAAACAAGAUGCUUGUGAAAUCAUUGAGAGAUAUCUGCAUCGAUUUGACAGCGAGAUAGAACAAAUCGAGCUGGCCAACAGCAUUAAAGGGCGUCAGGGUCGACUGCACUUUUCCAGAGAGACAGUCAUAAAGCAGACAAUGGAAAGAGAGCGAGCCCAGUAUGAGGGGAACGGCUUUGAAAUCCCAGAUAUAAUGAACAGCAAACAUUUGAAGACUUUUAGAGAAUGGAACGGCGACCUGAAGAAACUGCCCAACAUCAAGAUGCGCAAGGUUUCAGCAAAAGGCCUGGAGAACAAACAAAGCUCAGGGGAAGGGACACACGCUGAAGAAGAGGAUCAUGAGGAAGAUGAAGAGGACGAGGUAUCUGCGGAUUCGGGGGAAGAGCUUUCAGAAGAUGAAUCAUGAAAGUGUGAUUGAUUUGUUCAGUGUGAAUGACUAUAGCAUCUGUGUGUGUGAGAGAGAAGUACAUUUUUUGGUCAGAAUUUGCUAUAUUUAUGGUUGGGAUUCUGUGACAAUGCUGUUUUUAAGUAAAGAAAAAACCUUAUUUUAA